UUGAACGAUAAUGAGAUUCGUGAAAUUGACGAGCGUCAAGUGGAAGUUUUGCGAAAAGAUCGCUGGCGUCGCCGCGAAUUGACGCGACAAUCGUCGCAAACCUUGCCAGCCAAACGAACUUUUGCCGAUAUUUUGGCGAAAAAUGAGGAGAAUACAGUGGUGGAGAAGGCGCCCAAGUUGGAGUUUUUGGCAAUGCAUCAUGAGGUAUGGGGAUUUAAAGGCGCUUUUUGGGGUCUCGAAACGAUCAUAGAAAGCCCGUUUUCAUUUUGCAAAUUCUGAAAGAUAACAAAAAACUUUAUAACAUUCUUUUUCACAUCAGUUUUUAUGCGAUUUUUUGCUGAUACAGCUUUGUUUUUUUUUUUACAUUUUAUUGAUUUUAGAAGAGUUUCGCUUUUGAAAAAUUCAUUUUUCGUUUCAAGACUUAAAGAUGAAACCUGUGCGCCUUUAAACACCUUCAAAAAAUAGUCAUUUCCCUCUAGGAAGCCUAUGCGCCUUUAAAAAUGUACAAUUUCAUCGUUGCGAGACCUUUAUGCACCUUUAAAAUACACAAAUCUCGCUGCGAUACCUUUAUGCACCUUUAAAAUACACAAAUUUCGCUUCAGGACCCUGUAUGAACCUUUAAAAACACAUCAACUCACUGUAGAAAACCUAUGUGCCUUUAAAAAUACACAAAUUUCGCUGCGAGACCUUUAUGCACCUUUAAAAACACAGCAACUCCCUGUAGAAAGCCUAUGUGCCUUUAAAAUAGCUGAAUUUCGCUGCAGGACCCUGUAUGUGCCUUUAAAAACACAGAAACUCCCUGUAGAAAACCUAUGUGCCUUUGAAAUUGCUGAAUUUCGCUGCAGGACCCACUAUGUACCUUUAAAAACACAGCAACUCUCUGUAGAAAGCCUAUGCACCUUUAAAAUUGUCACUUUUCGCUUCAGGACCCAGUAUGUGCCUUUAAAAACCAGAAAAUGCACAUUUCAUCGUUGCGAGACCCAAAUCUUUUCAAAAACCUACGAUUUCGUUUCAAGACCAUCCCGCCUAGAAAUCCCAUGUCCCUUUAAAAACCCCCAUUUUUGCAGAUGCCCUCGCUGUGCGAAUCAUUCACCGCCUCCUUCCGCGACGCCAUCCUCAAAACCCAAAAAGAGGCGCUCCCCACUCUCACCGCCCACGAUUUCCCACUCAAUUAUUAUGUCUCCGAAGACGCGGCCGAUUCUGGACUUGGCCCAAGUCACAUCGAAGAUUGGCAAUCACUUUCAGUUCUGCUGCCCAAAAAUGUGGUGGAAGCUUGCUCGUUUUUCAAAUCCAACACCCAACUUUUAAUGGGUCCCGCAGCGACUGCGACUGCGAAAAAAUCGCCAACCAAAAAUAACUCGCUGUGCAUCGAUCGACGGAUAUCCGCGUCAGCCAACGAGGCUUGCCGCACGUGUUACCGCGUUCGCCGCAAGAUUCAUCCGCCAAUCUGGGCGCAGACUGCCAACUCGAAACAAGUGCUCUGCGAUUGCACCGCCAAUCAAGACCACCUUCAAUUCAGCUUCGCGCCCACCACCUCCACCACCAGACAUCAAUUAAGAGCCCGUGAGCUAUCGAUUGUUGGACUACCCGUCUAUUCACAUAAACGACAGUUGAUCGAGAGUGUUGUUGAGGGAGUGGCGGCGAUUUCGAGAGGUGAAGGAUGCGAGGAUUUGGUGAUGUGAGUUUUUGUGCUGAAAAUGCUGAAAAUUCCGCUCAUUUUGAGCCCAAAUACGUGGGAAAUCCUCAAGUUGUCCGAGAGAAGUACACACGGGAAAAAGCUGUGUACUUCUCUCGGACAAGUUUUGAUCAAAAUCAAUCGAUAUUCGACUUGUCCGAGAGAAGUACACGGGAAAUUGAUUUGGAGAAAAUCGAAAUUUCAGCUUUUUCUUGAGGCUGAAGCUUAAAUUCAAGAUUUUAAAGGUUUUCCGAGAGAACUACACACGGGAAAAAGCUGUGUACUUCUCUCGGACAAGUUUUGAAAAAUUAAUCGAUAUUCAACUUGUCCGAGAGAACUACACGAGAAAUUCGCGCUUUUUCUUGAGGCUGAAGCUUAAAUUCAAGAUUUCAAAGGUUUUCCGAGAGAACUACACGGAAUUUCCGUGUACUUCUCUCGGACAAGUUUUGAGCAAAAUCAAUCGAUAUUCGACUUGUCCGAGAGAACUACACAGAAAAAUCCCCAUUAUAAUUCAAAAAAAAAAUUGUCGAGAGAAAGAAAAAUUUCCAAUUUUUUUUGGAAUUUCCGUGUAGUUCUCUUGGACAAGUUUUGAUCAAAAUCAAUCAAUAAUCGACUUGUCCGAGAGAAGUACACACGGGAAAAUCCUCAUUUAAAAAAAAUUCUCUCGGACAAGUAACAUUUUUUGAAUUCCCGUGUAGUUCUCUCGGACAAGUUUUGAGCAAAAUCAAUCAAUUUUGAUUUUUUGUCCAAAAGAACUACACAGAAAAAUCCCCAUUAUAAAUUAAAAAAAUAGUCCGAGAGAACUACAAGAAAUUGGAAUUCUCGUGUAGUUCUCUUGGACAACUUUUGAUUUUGUCCAAAAGAAGUACACACAACAAAUGUUUUGCAGCGCAAUGCGAUGUCUCAUCGAAGACGGUCUUCUCCCCACCACAACCGCAUGGCAAAUGAUCAAAACCGUAACCUCAAAAGGUCCCGCCACGAAAGACGUGCACUCAAUUGUCCGCCAACUCGACGAAUGUCAAAAAAGCGAUUUAGCCAAAGUCGAAAUCUUCUUCGAGGAAUUGAUUCGCGAAAAUUCGCUCGAUUGUUGGCUCUGCUACAUUGUGCUCAAAGAGAAGGCUCUCAAAAAUCUGUACAUGUGCGAUAGUUUUUUGGUGGCUGCAAGUGGCGAAUAUCGAACACUUUUGUGGCGAAUGGUUGAUAGUUUGGCACUUUUGCCGGUCAUUGAAGCGAGAACUUCGACGAACUCGAAAUCCGAUGUUGUUGUUUGGCAGAAAUGGGGCGGAGCUGCGAGAUUGGCUGCAGAUUCGCGAGUUCCGAAAAGUUCGUCGGUUCCGGCGAGAUUGGUGGCGAAAACGCGACAACCUUCGAGAAUCCCGUUGUCUACAAGGUGAGCUGGAAAAUUUUUUUUGAAUUUCAGCUGCCACGUGGAUUUUUUCAGCUAGAAAUUUCAGAUUUUUCUAGCCACGUGGAUUUUCAGCUAAAAAUUCCAGGUUUUUUGACACCCAACAAGCCUAGUCUAUCUGAAAUUAUGCCACGUGGAUUUAAGAUCGAAAUUUUCAGAAAAAUUAUUUUUUUUUCAAAUUUUAGCUGCCACGUGGAUUUUCAGCUAGAAAUUUCAGAUUUUUUGAGACCACAAAGCCUUGGUUUCCACGUGGAAUCUUGGCUGAAAAUUUCAGAAAAUCUAAUUUUUUUUUUGAAUUUUAGCUGCCACGUGGAUUUUCAGCUAGAAAUUUCAGAUUUUUUGAUACCCAAUAAGCUCAAGCUUUCUGGAUUUUUGGCUGAAAAUUUCAGAAAAUCUAAUUUUUUUAAAAUUUUAGCUGCCACGUGGAUUUUUGAGCUAGAAAUGUCAGAUUUUUUGACACUAAAUAAGCAUAGGCUCUCUGAAACUUUGGAUUUUUGGCUGAAAAUUUCAGAAAAAUGACAUUUUUUUUUGAAUUUUAGCUGCCACGUGGAUUUUUUUGGCUAAAAAUUUCAGAAAAUCUUUUUUUUUUUGGAUUUUCAGCUAGAAAUUUCAGAUUUUUUGACACCCAACAAGCCUCUCUGAAAUUUGGAUUUUUGGCUGAAAAUUUCAGAAAAUCUUGAAUUUUAGCUGCCACGUGAAUUUUUUACCCGAAAAACCAAAAAAUUUUCUUUUCCAGCCGAACCUCAAUCAUCUCUUCCGCCUCCUCAUAUUCCGCAUCAUCCGCCUCCGCAACAACAUUCCGCAUCGCAAAAGCCAUCCGCUCCUUCCGCAUCGAACAAUUCGCGGUUGAGAGCGGCGAACGCUUCCGCGUCCUCUCCACACGACACGGAAUGUCGCGCGUCUUCCGCAUCACCCAUGACGUCACGCGGCUGCGAAAUGGCCUAAUUCCCGUUGAAAAUUUGUCAUUUAUUAUUUGA